GCGCACUUGGGAGCGGACUGUCUCAGAUUGGGGGCUUAUGCACGCUGGCCUGUCGACGUCGCCUGCAUCCUUAUCGCCGUAUUAGAGAGAUACUUCACUUCUUCACACCGCCCUGCCCUGUUCGCUUUCCGUUAGCACCUCCGAGUACCCCGCCAAACAACUGCUCGAAACAUUCACGCGUACCUGACUGGACCGUCCGUCCCUGCCCAGUCACCCUCCACAUCCUCAACACCACACACCAUGGCGGACGAAGAGGGUGCUUCCCCCCGCGAACUUGUUCUCGAAGCGUGCCGACGCAACAACACCGAGCUGCUUGAGGAAACCCUGAAAGACCUUGCUGCUGCUGCCUCAAAAUCAGGGAAGAAGCCCGAGGAUCAUGUCGCGGAAACAUUGAACAACACACGCGACGGCGUAGGAAAUGGCUGCCUUCACGUUGCGGCAACAUACGGAAGCUUCGAAGUUAUCGACAUGCUUCUCGACCAAGAGGGUCUUGAGAUUGACGAGAUCGACCGCAUGGAGCAGGAUACGCCCCUUCACAAAGCCGUACGCUACGUCAACUCGCUCGAAAAGUCCGUCUGGCCCCACGGACACUCCAUCGUGGCCAUGCUUCUAGAUGCAGGAUGCGACCCGAGAAUAAGGAACAAGGCGAAGCUCAAGCCCAUUGAGUUGGUGGACCCGAGAAACACCGAGCUGAGGAGCAUGCUACAAAAGGGUGAAGUCUCGAUGCUAAUGGGUGGUGACGUGGUGGAAGACGACGACGAUGAUGGCCCAACAGGAAGCGCUAGUGAUAGCGAUUGAGAAGUCACACAUGGGAGAGCACGAUUUGGACAAAGACUUUGGGCCCCGGGUAUGGUGGCAACUGGGGUAUCUUGAGAGCCCGAGUAUCGGCUUUGACAGCGAUAGACAAGCAGCAUGUACCCAUCUGUUCCUCCUCAUCCACGAGCCGGCCUCGCGCGCAUUCGUGCUGGAGAUGGAAGGCGACUUUCGCUUUGGAUGUUCCUUCUCCGCAUGUCCCCAUAAUCAAGUCUAUCGUUUCGGUCUAAAGUCUCCCGAUCAAUCUUGCUGCU